AUGGGGACCAAACACCUCAAAGGUAGUACUGAUCCAAUCGAGGCAGAUAAGUGGAGGAGCCGUCUGAUCCGGAAAUUCAAGUCUAAUCGCUGUCUAGACGACUACAAGAAGGAUAUCACGGUCCACUUCUUGGAAGGGGAUGCGCACAACUGGUGGGUUGCUGUGGACAAGUGUAUUGGAAGAAGCAUCGAAAGGAUUGAAGACUUCGAGCAGGAGUUCAACAAGAAGUACUUCCCAGCCCAAGCAUGGGAUCGGCUUGAAGCAAAAUUCUUGUACCUCACCCAAGGUCGCAGAACUGUGUGUGAGUAUGAGGAAGAGUUCAACAGUCUUAGGCGGUAUGUUGGGAAGGAACUGGAUGAUGAGACGGUGCAAGUAUGUCGGUUCUUCUGCGGUCUAAGGGUGGAACUUCGGACACACUGCUCUGUCCUCACGUUUCGUACUGUCUCGGAACUUGUCGAAAAGGUUGCCUUGCUGGAGACAACUCUUGCUGAGGAAAGCUGGGUGAAGUCUCACACCCAACAUGCUUUGGGAAGCAAGUCAAAUGACCGGAAGAGGAAGAGGGAGCAGGUCGUUGAAGGCGGUAAGUCUUCGGGAAGUCGAUCUGAGUGUGCCCAGUGCUGUAGGAGGCACGGGGGCGAGUGCGGUAGGAGGCACGGGGGCGAGUGCUGGAAGGCGAUGGGAGCUUGCACCCGUUGUGGUAGCAAGGACCAUGCGAUCCAGAACUGUCCGAAAAUGGACCAAGGGCACGGAAAAGGUGACAACGGUAGAUCCUGCUUCCAUUGCGGAAAGACCGGGCUCUACAAGAGGGAGUGA